AUGCGUCGAGGAAGCGAAAACUUCCGCCAUCUUUUGGCGUCCAGAGCUGGACUUCUUCUGGUCGCCUGCUGCGCGUGCGCUCUUCUCUCUUCGGCGCCGCUUCCCACGCGGCGGUAUUUCCUGACGUUUGGUCUCGCCAGCGAAGUAGUCGUCGAUGGAGAGGCGGAAAAAGGCAAUUUGGAUGUCUCAGUUCAGCAGGAUGGGCGGGACAACGGGGACGCCGACAGUCUUGACCCAAUUGAUGGGUCCCCGGCGGCAGCGGUCGAGGCGGGCGGCUUGGCUGCCGUACAGCAACAGGGUCGCAGUUCCCGCGGAUCGAGUGUCUCGUACACCGUGUCCACCCAGCGUAUGGCGUCAAAAAGCCGGUAUGUGUUGCCUGCGGUCCUCAUUUCCGCCCUUGCAGCAGCUGGAAUGAUGGGCUACGUCACGCCCAAGAAAACGCCCGCCUCCCAGAAAGCAGAUGUCCAGACGGUCGCUGCCCGCGCUGGUGCCGAGCAAUUCGACUCGGCUGCCACCAAGAAAAAGAGCGCAGAAAUCGCACAAGAAACCGAGGAAUCCAGACGGCGUCGCAAGCAGGCUGCACUCGUGGCCGCAGUGCUGGUAGCGGCGGCCGUCUACGGUCUGCGUUCGUCUCUCUUGGGGGUUGACAAGGUGUCUUCGCCGACGGCACUCCAGGGGCUCCUAAAAAAACCAGAAAGCAUGCACGGCAUUGAUCCUGAUGCCUCCGUCGACUUCCAACCGGACGCGUCGGUCGAGCGGCAAAUGGAAGUGCCGGCCGAAGGUGCGGGUGAUGCAGUGCGAGGUUGGCAGCAUUUAGUCCGGGACUUUUCGGCGAUGUUAGCGGGAGAAUAUGCGCUAUCCCCGCGCGUCGGAGCGGUGGCCUCGGCUGUUGCACUUGGGCUUCUCGCCUUCUCGCUGGCAGCUGCUCGACGGGCAUCGCGUCGGAGACAACAGCAAGGGGAAGAGCGUCCAGCGUCACCAACAGCAGGCGAGGAACAGGCGGAUCCGGUGCCUGCUGAGGCCGCAGACCCUGCCGCUGAUCCCGAGCAGGUUGGCGAGAAGGAGCCUAAGAAACCGGAGGAGAAGGAGGCGCCUGCUGCGCCCGCUGCUCCGGCAGCUGAACCCGAGGAGAUUCUCGAGGCAGAACCUGAGAAGCCGGAGGAGGAGGUUGCUCUUGUGGCCGCUGAUCCUGCAGCUGAACCCGAGCAGAUUCCCGAGGCAGAACCUGAGGAGCCGGAGGAGGAGGUUGCUCUUGUGGCCGCUGAUCCUGCAGCUGAACCCGAGCAGAUUCCCGAGGCAGAACCUGAGAAGCCGGAGGUGGAGGAGGCGCCUGCAGCGGCCGCUGACCCUGCAGCAGAACUCGAGGAGAUUCUCGAGGCAGAACCUGAGAAGCUGGAGGAGGAGGCGCCUGCAGCGGCCGCUGAUCCUGCAGCAGAACUCGAGGAGAUUCCCGAGGCAGAACCUGAGAAGCCGGAGGAGGAGGUUGCUCUUGUGGCCGCUGAUCCUGCAGCUGAACCCGAGCAGAUUCCCGAGGCAGAACCUGAGAAGCCGGAGGAGGAGGAGGUUCCUCCUGUGGCCGCUGACCCUGCAGCAGAACCCGAGGAGAUUCUCGAGGCAGAACCUGAGAAGCUGGAGGAGGAGGCGCCUGCAGCGGCCGCUGAUCCUGCAGCUGAACCCGAGGAGAUUCCCGAGGCAGAACCUGAGAAGCCGGAGGAGGAGGCGCCUGCUGCGGCAGCUGACCCGGCAGCUGGACCUGAGCAGAUUCCCCAGGCAGAACCUGAGAAGCCGAAAGAGGAUGCGGCGGAGGGUCCGAGUGGAGAGCAAGCAGCGGAACAGGCAGAAAGCGGCACGAAGGAAGAGCGCGGUGAACGAGAAGAAGAGGAGGAACCUAGUGGUGAGGAGCCCAGCGAGGCAGCGGGAGACCCCGAUGACGAUAUGCUGGAUGUUAGCAUUGCAGAUGUCCGGGAGGCAGCGUUGCAGCAGGCGAAGAGAUGUGGGGAGUUCGUGAGCAAGUUCCGUAUCGCGGCGUAUUCGCUCGAAAUCGCGAGUGGUGCACUGCAGACGCGUAUCGAAAUAGCGAGGCAGCACGGGCAAGAUGUUGUGGUGAGGACAAUGUCGGACUCGCUGACUACUACUAUGCGUCAGCUCGAACUUAGUUACGAGGCGAUGAGGAAAAACGUUGACCUCGGCCGCCUCGCGCAGGCAGUUGCUUCUUUGGCGGAAACAGUGGAGCAGGGACAGCGAGACGGAGUUAUUGAGGAGCAGAUCGCUCCGCUCGAGCAAAAGAUGGACCAAGUCAUGAGCGAGCUCGACGAGCUUGUAAAGGAAUCGGAGACAGAAGACACUGAGGAAGAAGCGGCUGUCCCCGGUGUGACCGGCUCGCCGUCGGAACCACGAGCUCCGAGUACAGAUGAUAUCAAAAACUUGCGCCACCAAUUGAAGCGCACUAUACAUCUGUUCGCUACCACGGUGGUGGCAGCCCAGGCAGAUGCGUCCACGAGUUUGGGGUCACGCCGCAAGCUUCCAGGCUCGGAUAUCAGCGACGCUAUCGCCUGGUACAAGUCAUCUAUUGCCACAGCACACGGGCUCAUCGCUGGGUUACACAAAUUCGGCGACCCCAUCACCGCUUCCGUAGCUUUCUUCACCGAGCAUGUCCAGCAAGCCGAGGAUGAUCUUACCGCCCGAGACGUUCCAGGUGAUUCCCCCGAGGUACAGAAGCUCAAAGACGAACUUGAACGUCGACGUCAAGCCCUUGCCCGCACGGAGGCAGUGGCUGCAGCUCUUCGACGUGAUAAGGAAUAUGCAGAGACCGUGAUCAGCUUCGCGCAAGAACACCUCAUGGACCUGCAGUUCGAGUGGCAGAUAUUCGCCACUAGUGACUAA